CUCAUUCUAGAUGCAAAAUGAUUUUUAUAGAAAGUUGAACCUACACACAUCUUAAGAACAGUCCGUGUAAAUAUGGAUAAAACCUUCUUGCUCUCCUUAUUAUAUUAGAAUUAUGAAAAUAGUCCUUCAAAUUGUCAGCCGAAUCUGGUGAUUUUUUUAAAGUUGAGUGGCCACUAUUAGCUUCUGUGGUAUUGUAAGUCCACAGAGGAACAUCUUCUUCAACAUUGUGAAGAAUGUUUGAGUCUAUUUUAAGUUAUUUUUAGUUACUUAGGCAUGGUAAAUGUGGGUCGUAAGAAGGAUGUCUGGAUAAAAAAGAAACCUGACAGUGUUUAUGCGAAGACUUCACCAAUCAUUGUCAAGGAAACAGUCAUCUGGACAGAAGCAAAGGGGCAAACUCUAAAACGACAUGGUAAAUUACCAGCAAUACCGGACAAUACUUCCUUGUAUUAUGAAGAUAAGAAUCAUUACAGCAGAAUCAACGAAAUUGAAAUGAGUGAUCUAGAUGAUGAGGAAUAUGAAUAUAAGGAGUUUCAUCUAAAAAAGAAAAGUGCGUCAGACGUUACAGUGUAUGAUGUAUAUACAAGGUCGAAAGAAGGAAUGAAUAGUACAUGUUUAGAAUAUAGUGAAAUGGUCAAAACCUUUCGUAGGUUGAUUGUUCAAAACGUGCGUGUUGAAGACGUCUUACCAUCUUUACAAUUCCUUGAGAACCAUGACAAUAUAUAUGAAGAAAGAAACAGUUCUCGUAAAAAAGCUGUAGAGUUCCUAUUGCACGAGUUGGAGAAAAGUGAAGAACCUGGGAAAUGGCAAAAAUUUAUUGAUGCAUUAAGGGUUACUGGAUACACGUAUAUUGUGGACAAUAUUCAGGGCUACAAGGUUAUAAGUCACGAAUACCAGAGAGAAUAUGUAAGAAAACUUAUUCCAAAAAUAGGCAAAAUGAUUACUCCAUGUAAAGUUCUUCCACAUCUUCGUUGUAAAGGGCUUGUAGCAAGAUGCGACAUGGAAGAAAUUGAAAAAGUAUCUGCAAUUUGUAGUAAUUAUGCAGGUGCAAAACUUUUACUUGAAAGACUUCUAGAAAACAAAAAAUACCACAACUGGUACGUUCUUUUUAUAGAGGCUUUACAAGAGGCAGGUAUGAAUGAGGUUGCCAUGGACCUUGAAAUCCCAGCUUUAUUACCAGGUUCGGCACAAAACUUCACUGAUACUGAUACCGUGUAUGUAAGUGAAAAUGAAACAAAAGAAAACCAAGAUGGAUCAAAGAAAGAAUCUAUUCAGCCUCACACUUUUGAUAAGGCAAGAGAUGCUGCAAAUGAAACACAUGGUAAAGAGCGAGAAGAACAUAUGAAAACAAAUGACAGUGAUGGUAAAAUAGAAGAGAAAACAAGAUGUUUAGAAUACAGAGAAAUGGUUAGAAUAUUCAAGCCAUUAAUCGUGCAGAAUCUUCUUGUCCAUGACAUAUUACCUUCUUUACCAUUUCUAGAAAAUCAUGACGAGAUAUAUGAAAUGAAGAAUCAUUCCGCAAAGUUAGCUGUACAGGUCCUGUUAGACGAAUUAGAGAAUUGUCAAGAACUCGGAAAAUGGGAAAAAUUUAUCAGUGCCUUAUCUGAUAAUGGGUACUCGUACAUCGUCGAUAACAUCAGGGGUUACAAGUUUAUCAACCAUUUUUAUCAAAGAGAGUAUAUUAAAAGCAUUACUCCAAAAAUCGGAUACAUGAUAAAAGUCUGCGAAAUCAUUUUUUUUGUUUACGCUAAAAAUUUAAUAAGUGAAAGUGAUAAAGAAAAUAUUCAAAGGGAGGAUGCCAACCGUGGUAACUUUGCAGCCGCAGUUUUACUACUCGACAGAAUCCACCGUAAGCAUCGCAAUUGGUACUUGCUAUUUAUUGAAGCCCUAAAUGAAGCAGGAAUGGACGAAGUUGUAAAAUGCCUGGAGAUACCAGCGCUAUUAGAAAGCAAAAGGACAAAGAAUUCCGAAGUCUACAAACAAUGUGAUGGAAGUAAAGGAGAAAAAAAGGUUACGCAAACGAGACGGUUGCCUCCCCCGCCCCCUGCAUGUCCUGUUCGUGCUGGUAAUUCAGAUGAAAAAUAUGACUACAGCGCGAAUGCACACGUGAAAGAAGAACAGCAAGAUACUG